CUCAGCAAUAGUUUCAUCAGGAAAAUUUGUCUUGAAGGCUUUACUUUGCAAAACAAGCAAAGACAACAGUCCAAGGAAAUACAUGUUGUAAGAUGUUAAGAUCUCAGCAGGGCAGCAUCAUCUCCUACUGGGCUGAAGUACUGACCACAUCAGGAACAGUGAGACAACAAAUCAGGAACCAGAGACAGCAGGCGAUUAACGACGAACAGCGCGUACAAACCGUACAAGUUAUGAGCAGCCCUUCACCACCAAUGCACGCAGAACAGCUGACACAGGAGAUGACACACCGACCUGAACAAAACAAGGCAAGUUGGCGCGGCCAGGAGCCAACUCCACACACACACACCGAAGCACCGCAAACCUGGUGCUGGCUCCCCAGCGCUGCUCCUCACCCGCAGGGAGACGACAGGGACCAGAAACACGCGUGGGGUGAGCACGGUGCCCCGCAGGCAGACGCCAAAGCCUCCCCACUUUACAUCCCAGGGGGACAAGAAGUCAGAGCCCCGCUCGGCGGGCACAGCGGCUCACCCACUUACCCGCGGGUUAGCGGCGGGACCCGCAAGCCCUGCUCGCGGCAGCUAACGCUACGCAGAAUUUUUAAAAAGUUAGACUCCAAUGCAUCAAAACCGCGGAUACAAACCCAAAACGGCGCCGCACGCCCAGACCGGAGCUGGUUGUUAACGCUGACACCUUCCGAGCCCCUCAGCGCCCCCGGCCCGUGCAGAGCCCCUCAGGGGGCGCCCGUGAAGGCAGCGGCGGGGGCUCCCCUCAGCGCCCCCACCCCACGCUAACCCCGCAGCGGCCGC